CAAGGGAAAGCCACAAUUCAGAAGGGAUGCAAAGUGCUUAAAGAUACAGUUAAAUCUGCAUUAGUGUCAUUAUCUGCGGACUCCCGCGAGCUGCUGCUGCUCAGCAGCGGCCACGCGCGCAAGUUCCUCCUGGACGCCGCCCGGCUGUUCAAGAUUUGAUUUCUCCAUUCACUCAGUUGGAUUAUUUUGUGUCGGAUGAAAGUCAUCAGGUGUGGCUGAGACGGAGAAGGAAAUCCAAACCGGUCCCUCCGGAGAUGCUCGAUUGCGUCCCUGCGCACGUCAGUCUCCCGAUGCGCCACCAGUGGACGUCCUUGUUCCGCCUGGUGUCACCCCUCAGAAUGAGUAUCCCUCAAGUGAUGCCAAGCAAGAUCCGAAAGUGAGAGGGCGGUGGGGAAGGAGAAAAGGGGGUUGAAAAGACCUGCAGGAGGAGUGGGGCUUGCAUUAAGGACAUCAGCGACUCUGAGAUCCAGCCGCUCCUCUUUUUACGCACGAGUUUUACGCACCAAUCUAAGUAUUUAAAUAGCAUUUUUUAUAUUUUAUUAUUUUCAGCAGGACCUGUGAUGAUGAGGGCCGUGCACGCCGUGCUGCUCGCCGCCUCCCUCUGGUUCCGGAGCGCGUUUGGCGGCUACGGCAUCAGCCUGUUCGCGGCGCAGACCUCUCCCCCAGACCCCUGCUACGACGAGCACGGUAACCCGCGGCGCUGCAUCCCGGACUUCGUCAACGCCGCCUUCGGGAAGGAGGUGAAGGUGUCCAGCACCUGCGGGAAGACGCCCAGCCGCUACUGCGUGGUUACAUCCGCGGAGAAGGGCGAGGAGAGGACCAGGAACUGCCACAGCUGCGACGCGUCCGACCCUAAAAAGUACCACCCUCCCGCGUACCUGACGGAUCUCAACAACCCGCACAACCUCACCUGCUGGCAGUCCGAGAACUUCAUCCAGUACCCGCAGAACAUCACCCUGACUCUGUCGCUUGGCAAGAAGUUCGAGGUCACCUACGUGAGCCUGCAGUUCUGCUCCCCGCGUCCCGAGUCCAUGGUGAUCUACAAAUCCAUGGAUUAUGGCAAAACCUGGGUGCCCUUCCAGUUUUACUCCACGCAGUGCAGAAAGAUGUACAACAAGCCCAACCGGGCGGUGAUCACCAAGCAGAACGAGCAGGAGGCCGUGUGCACGGACUCCCACACGGACAUGUUCCCUCUGACCGGCGGCCUGAUCGCCUUCAGCACGCUGGACGGCAGACCGUCCGCGCACGACUUCGACAACUCCCCGGUGCUGCAGGACUGGGUGACCGCCACGGACAUCAAGGUGGUCUUCAGCCGCCUGCACACGUUCGGCGACGAGAACGAGGACGACUCGGAGCUGGCCCGGGACUCCUACUUCUACGCCGUGUCGGACCUGCAGGUCGGCGGCAGAUGCAAGUGCAACGGGCACGCGUCACGGUGCGUGAAGGACCGCGACGGGAGCCUGGUGUGCGACUGCAAGCACAACACGGCCGGGCCGGAGUGCGACAGGUGCAAGCCGUUCCACUACGACAGACCGUGGCAGAGAGCCACGGCCAGGGAGGCCAACGAGUGCGUGGCCUGCAACUGUAACCUUCACGCCAGACGCUGUCGUUUCAACAUGGAGCUGUACAAACUGUCGGGGAGGAAGAGCGGAGGAGUCUGCCUCAACUGUCGGCACAACACAGCUGGCCGUCACUGUCACUACUGCAAGGAGGGCUACUACAGAGAUCUGUCCAAACCGAUCUCACACAGGAAAGCGUGCAAAGCAUGCGAUUGCCAUCCCGUGGGUGCUGCUGGCAAAACCUGUAACCAAACCACAGGACAAUGUCCCUGUAAAGACGGCGUCACUGGUAUCACGUGCAACCGCUGUGCUAAAGGCUACCAGCAGAGCCGCUCGCCCAUUGCCCCCUGCAUAAAGAUUCCAGUUUCCCCUCCAACCACUCCAGCGAGCAGCACAGAGGAACCUUCGGAUUGUGAAUCUUACUGCAAGGCAUCAAAAGGAAAACUGAAAAUCAACAUGAAGAAGUACUGCAAGAAAGAUUAUGCUGUCCAAGUGCACAUCUUGAAAGCAGACAAAGUGGGCGAAUGGUGGAAAUUCACGGUCAACAUCAUCUCCGUCUACAAGCAGGGCGAGAGCCGCAUCCGCCGCGGAGACCAGUUUUUGUGGGUCCGCGCCAAAGACGUAGCCUGCAAGUGUCCCAAGAUCAAACCUGGGAAAAAGUACCUGCUGCUAGGGAACGACGAGGUUUCCCCGAGCCAGAGCGGCGUGGUGGCGGACAAAGGCAGCCUGGUCAUCCAGUGGAGAGACACGUGGGCGCGCAGACUCAGAAAGUUCCAGCAGCGCGAGAAGAAAGGCAAAUGCAAGAAGCCCUAGGUGAUACAGCUGGAGGAAUGGAGAGUAAAAAGUGAUUGAGGGAUUUAAAAAAAAAGAGGUGAGAGAAAGAGACAGACCCACGGACAAAAAGGAGACCGUUUAUGCCGCUGCUUUUUUUGUGUAGAAGCAUGAAGAGAAUUAUUUAGGAUGUUUUAUGUUUUUCCUAGUGAACUUUUGUUGAAGGAGCUCACCUCACAGAUUUAGUUUUUAUGGUUUCUUCUACUUUGACAUUCGUCUCUCUUGUGGAUUUGCCGAAUUUGCACCUAUUACCACUAUAUAACGUUAUUUUAUGUGUUUUCGUUAUUCCUGUAUAAAACAAUUAAUGUUCUAAUUUUAUGGACAUCUUCUAUUUCUGAUGGAAGCCACUUAAAUACAGCUGCAAUAUUGCUUCUGGGUUUUUUCUAAGAAACAGUGGUGGUUCCAGUGGUUCUGGUAAAUUUACUAAAAUUGUAUCUUUAGCUGUACAGUGAGUGGCUAAACUUUAUUUUUAUUCAGAUUCAUCUGCAGCAAUGGAUCUAUAAGUUUGGAUAUUUUUCAGAUUUAGAAAUUGACAGUAGGAGAGGAAUGUUGUAUAAAAAAGGGGGGAAGAUUGUACUUUUUGUUGUUUUUUCCUAAUUUAAGCACACAUUUCAGACUGGCUUCUAUAUUCUCUAAACAAAUUUGCUUAAGUAUAGUUUUUUUAUUUUUUUAAGCUGCAAUGUUUUGUUCACAAAAGUGCUGCUUAUGGUACUGGUUCCCUUUUUCAAUGUUUUAUUUUUGGGACGUUAGAUACAUUGGACAGCACUGAUUUAGUUUGCAGUACUUACUGUGAUUUUUUUUCUCCUCUGUUAAAAAGAAAAAAAAAAACAUUUGUUUCAACAAAAACUUCAAGGAAAAGAAGCCAGUCAUAAUGACGUUAAUAUGAAAAUGUUUAGUUAUUUGCCAUUGAGUGAAAGUGGCAAACAAGUGGAUACAAAUGAGUUUUUAGUGAAUAUCUUAGAAGCAAUAGCAUUCCUGUUUUAAGGUAAUUUGAUUGGUGUUGUGCAGGUUUAUCACUUUGAAAUAUGGAUGCAAUGUUAGACUAACUAGAACUGCUUAUUUUCAGAGAUAUUUUUGGUGAAUAAAAGUGAAAAUAUUGUGCCACAAGUGCAACAACACAGAGAAGUUUAUCCUUUUGGAAAUUGACCUAGUUAUAACAGCUGGUAAUGUUGGAAUUAAAAAAAAAACUUAACUGGGCUUUAUCAUGUAAAGCAGCUUUGUAUUUACCACCUGAAAAUGUGUACUUUAACUUCAAAAGGAGGAGUGAUAAACAGAAAAAAAGAUAUAAAUUUGUAAAAACAAUAAGAUUCUUGACUUUCCACACCAUGUCAGGAUUACUUUGUGCAUGAAUGUACAUAGACUUAAAGGAGACGGUGUGUCCGGUCAGGUGCUGCAAUCCCAUGGAAUGCCGUGGAAGUUUUCUUCACUUCAACAAGGAAAACUGGGUUCAACAGAAUCCUAUUUACCUUAAACUCUCACUCCGAAGAUCUUUUGAUCUAUUUUAAAAACCUUCCUCUUUUAAUUAGGAUUACGAUGUUUUUUAACCGAAACAAUAAUUAAAAAAAAAAUGUCGUUUUCUAGGACGUAGCUUCUGCAGAGCGGCAGUAGUUCAUUAAAAAUUUAGGUUAGUGCAGAGAAACUCCACCCCCUUUCGGUUGCAGAGCGGAGCAGAACAUAUUUUCUAAAUAACAAAUAAGCUCUUUUUCAAACAAUAUUUUAAGUCAGUUCUUGAUUCACAACAAUUGUAAUAAAAUAAUGUUAAAAAAUGAAAUUUUAUGUUUAGUUUUCUUAAUAUAUGUACUCCAUCAUGAGAAAAAUGCCACAGGGACAUGUUAAAAAAACACCAAAAACACAAUUUUCAUCUGAAUCUUUUUUUUUUUUUUUUUGGAUAAUUUUUAUUGAUUUAGAAAAAAAGGGUGUGGUGACAUCACAGCUCAAGUUGCUCGAGACCCAAAGUU